CCCUCCUCCCCCUCAUGCCCCUCCCACAUCAGCCAGGCGUCUCCGGGUUCUGGUUCAGUUGGAGCCCGACUUCAGACGGAGCAGCAGCGAGGAGGCUCUGCAGCAGAACCGGGUCAGAGCCAGAGGAGAACCGGGUUCUGUAACAGGGAAGAGAAGAAUCAGGAGGCUGAAGACGAUGAUGAAGAUGUUGAUGAUGCUGCUGGGACUCUGCUGUUCAGGCGCGACCGGAAGGAAUGCUGACAUCAUCAUCAUCACCAUCACCUUCAUCAUCACCUUCAUCAGCCUCCAUGGUUCUCAUUCCUCAGUAGAGCCUGCAGUGAGUUGUGCCCUGAGUUUUGCCUGCAGGCAGACCUUAUUGUUACGUGUGCUCCAGCUGAGGCCCCGCCCCUUUCCUACCUGCCCUCCAGGUGUGCUGGGAGCAUCGGAGCUCGCCUUCCUGAUGGAGCCCAAGGACGUGAUCGCUGUCAGGGACCGCCCCCUGAUGCUGCACUGCCAGGUAGAGGGGGAGGGGCCCGUCAGCAUCACCUGGAGGCAUAACGGCGUUCCCAUAGCAACCGGCGACAGGGCGGCGGUGCUGGCCAACGGCACGCUGCUCAUCAGGAACUUCUCCAAGAGGCGAGAGAGCAACGAGUCGGAUGCCGGCGAGUACGACUGCGCAGCACAGAACCGCUACGGGUUGCUGAUCAGCCGCAAGGCGCGGGCGCAGUUGGCCUCGCUCCCAAAGUUCCUGUCCCACCCACAGUCCCUGGCCGUGGACGAAGGGGGUGUGGCCAGACUCAGCUGCCAGGUGAACGGGAUUCCUGAGGCAAACAUCACCUGGCAGAAGGACCGCCUCCCUCUGAGCACCGCCAACCCCAGGUACACUCUGCUCCCCAACGGCGUCCUGCAGGUGACCGCCGUCCAGCGCUCCGACGGCGGCCUGUUCCGCUGCGUCGCCUCCAACGUGGCCAACACGCGCUACAGCCGCGAAGCCCAGCUGUCCGUCACCGUUGCAGGGUCCAGAACCUACAAGGAGCCCGUCAUCCUCUCUGGACCUCAGAACCUCACCAUCAACAUCCACCAAACCGCCAUCUUGGAAUGCAUCGCAACAGGAAACCCACGCCCCAUUGUGUCCUGGAGUCGCCUUGACGGCCGGUCCAUCGGCGUGGAGGGCGUCCAGGUCCUGGGGACGGGGAACCUGAUGAUCUCGGACGCGUCUCUGCAGCACUCCGGGGUUUACGUCUGCUCCGCCAACCGGCCCGGCAGCCGGUCCAGAAGAACUGCGCUGGGACGCCUGGUGGUGCAAGCUCCUCCAGAGUUCGUUCAGUGGCCGCAGUCCGUCUCCCGGCCAGCAGGGGGCAGCGCCGUCUUCAGCUGCACCGCCACCGGAGUCCCCCAGCCGCACCUCAUCUGGCUGAAGAAUGGCAAGCUGCUGGCGCCCGGCGCCAACGUCAAACUCACCAACGCCAACACGACGCUGGCCAUCACACGCAUCUCCGCAGAGGACGAGGCGAUCUACCAGUGCAUCGCGGAGAGCGGCGCCGGUACCAACCAGGCCAGCGCACGGCUGGCGGUGGCGCCAGGGCCGGCGUUGCCCGAGGCGCCCGCCGGGCUGCGCGCCGCUGCCCUGAGCGCCGCAGGUUUACGGCUCACCUGGGACCGGCCCGACCCGCAGGACGCCCAGCGGGUCAUCGGAUACGUGCUGCACAUCCGGAGACUGGGAGGUAAGAGCCGGGCCGGGUGGUUCUGUCUAGCAGGUUCUGACUCCGCUGCGUUCCCAGAACCCGACGGCGCCGAGCUGCAGGAGGCCGUGGACCAGAACACCUUCAGCCACGACGUCCAGAACCUGGAGGCCGCCACCAGCUACCACGUCUACCUGAAGGCGUACUCUGCUGAGGGCGGCAGCCCGCCGUCCGCCGCCGUCACCGCCACCACACUGGGCGGAGUUCCCAGUACUCCCAGUUUCUUCACCAAGGUGCUGAACCAGACAGCCAUGCAGGUGUACUGGGAGCUGCCCAGUAAACCAGGGAAGGUGGAGGGCUUCAGGCUGCAGUACCAUGGGGUCUCCAACCCCGACGUCCAGGGGCAGGAAGUGUUCCCAGGACACAUCAACACUCACACCGUCUCCAACCUGGAACCAGCAGCGGUUUAUGAGAUCCAGCUGGUGGCGUUCAACGGGAACGGAGACAGUCCGUCCGCUCGUCACCUGGUGUCUCUGGCAGAGGGCGGAGCCUCAGCAGCAGCUGGUCAGAGCUGUAACUGCGACCAGUCCGACCAAUCCAUGUCGACGCUGCUGGUCGGCGUCCACAGCGGCCUGGCCUGCGUCCUCUGCUGCCUGCUCUUCAUCCUGCUGGCGUACAGACGCAGUUUUAUCUGCAGAAAGGAGAGGAGCUGGGAGACUCCAGCCACCCUGACUGGAGUGAGAGGGGCUAAAGGUCAAAGGGCAGAGAGGGUUGAGCUGAGCCAGAGAUGUGACUCCGCCCCUCCUCCAGUGACCGUCAUGGUCGAGUCGAGUCGAUCUGCUGAAUCUGGACCCAGAUAACCCCCCCCACAGGGAGGGUG